AUGAAGUUUGUGACAGCUAUCGCGGUGCUCAGCACCCUGACCGCGCCUAUCACUGCGUUACCCCAGGCAAAGCGAACCUCCGCACUUGAUUACAAGAUCCCCGAGCACUGCUACCCAAACCCGUGCGCCGGAAUCACCUCCACCAACACCACCUACGUCUGUGGAGACUAUCGACUCGGACCCGUCACAGCACCGAAGAAAUUCCCCCUCAACAACGAGCUCAGAACCUACGAGCGAUUCGGCAAAUUGUGCCCUGCGGAAUUCCUCGAAAAGUGGGCCGGUUCCACCAACGCCUCAGAUUCAUACGAAUAUCCCCCUCAGAACGGUUUUGUUGUCAACACUGCCGGUGGUGCCAUUCUCGGUAACACCACCCUCCCCGUAGGACAGAAGCUCGACCGCUUUGGCUCCGAGUACGGCUCUUUCCUGGCUCCCCUCGGCGCGCCCUACAUCGAGCGUUCGCUUCCUCCAAGCAAUCUCAACACAUUUGAUGGCGAUUACCCGUACAACUACUAUGUCUACCAGGUGACAAAGAGCUUUGUGGUGGGAUUAGGACCUAUUGCCCCGUGGUUUGAGCAGCCGGGUAUGGGAACACAGUUCUUGUCGUACAAGAGUGUGAAGGAGUUGCUGGCUGGUGGAUAUCUGCGCAGAUUGGCGCCAGAGGAGUACGAUGACAAGUCUGAAUACUCUGAUAAUUAUACCCCGGGACCUUCUACGUCGCCUUCCGCGUCGGCAUAA